UCAGGGGCUGAGGCAAGUACACCCAAACUGUACGAGGUGCCCUUGCUGGGUGCAAGCCCACCCAGCUGCAGAACUGAGCUGUGGCUGGCGGCCGGUGCAAACCCCACCUUCCACUAGACCACGCUGGUCAAAGCCCCAUCCCUUGGAAGUAGAUAAGCUGUUCUGUGUUUUAUUUCCAGCAAGGUGAGAUCAUUUUCAUAAAGCUUUCAGAGCCUGCAAUCACUUUUAAUACCAGAUUCCUUUCAGACAAAGGGGUGAUCCCUCCAAGCCCUGCUGCCUUGGAGAGACAGAGUUCUUGCAAAAGCAUUAAGAGACCAGUGCUCCAAGCCUGUGAUGUGAUGCUUUUUAAAGUAAUAAUAAAAAAUAAAAUUAAAAUGGAAAUGUUUUGGAUGUGCUUGCUGAGUUCCCUGCUGGUCUCCCGGCAUGGUGCCGGUGAGGUUGCUGCUGCUGGUGGCCUGCCUGGGCAGCACCCACUCCAGGAGCUAAACAUAGGUGCUGGCUGCACAAGGCACUUGGGCACACAUUAAUUAUCCUGGUGCUUUUUAGGGAUCUUGGGUGAAAUAUGUGUUUUUAUAGUCAGUUUUCCAUAUGUUUUUUUUAAGCAGCCUGGAGCAGAAGCCCUUUAAUUACAUUAAAAAUCGCCUCCCACCAGGACUCUCUGUUCCCAAGCCUUGGUGAAAUUUUAAGCUCAAAGCUGGGCACAUGCUCACUGCUUUCCUGGGCCAGGCAGCUUAGGACAGCAGGGGACAAUGGGAAGCACGGCUGUCUCUGUCCUGAACCCCCUGUAUCACCCCCAGCAGGGCAGGCCCUCCAGCUGCUCCAGCCCCAUGGAGCUGGAGGGGACACAGGAAUCUUCUCAAUGCUCAUCUCUCUCUUUAUCAGAGGCUGCUGUGUUGGCACCAAAAAACUGCAUGGCUGGGGUUUUUUUUUUCUUUUUUCUUUUUUCUUUUUUUUGGUGUGUGGGUUUUCCUGGCAUGAGGCAUUAGCUGAAAGCCACGGCCAGCUCCAGACCUCCCUUAUAAUUAGGACUCCUCACAGUGACACAAUGGGUUUUGAAGCCCAUGGAGCAGGGGCAGCUGUGCCCUGCAGCCCCAGGGUUGCACGGUGGGCAUGUGGCAUGGCCUGCUGCCAGGGCUGCUGGACCCUCGAGGGGCUAUGGGGGGACCCCUCCCUCCCCAGAAACAAGUUAUGUGUAUAGUGUUCCAGCAAUUAUCAACUCCCCAUCAUGUACCUGUCAAUGCUGGGCUCCCCUGCUUGAGGGUGAGGCUGUUUGUACGCCUAGUUUUGAGACACAACAUUCGGGUCUUUCAUGACAAAGUGGAUUUUUUUGUCCUAAAUAACCUCAAUUUUACCACUGGCUAGGCUGACCAUUACAGACCUGCCUAAAGGCAUUUAUUUUUCAGCAUCACUGUUCCCUUUCCUAGGGCUGUAGGUGCAUCAGGUGGGAUUUGCAGUUCUCCUCACCCCUGUGGGAAGCAAAGCUGCAUUUGGUGAGGAGUCAUUCUCUGAACUGCUGCAGCCCAGAUGUGCAGGAGCUCAGGGGCCUUUGCUGAAGAGUGCAAGAAAAAUCUGGGAAAGAGGCAGCAGAGGUGCACUGGAGAGCUGGGUGGCUGAAAUCCAAGCAGGAAAUGAUAAAUAUAGGUAAAGGAGAAAAGACGUCCCUGCAGAGGUGGGUGUCGGGGCAGCAUCCGCUUGCUGUAUCCUGCCACCAAAGUCCCCAGUGAGAUUUGAGCGGACACAUGGGUGGGGUUUUUUUCACUUUUCCCCCCACCUCAAGCAGUUAUUCUGCUUUGCUGGGGACAAACACAGAUUUUAACUGAGCAACGCCUGAUUUUGGAGAGCAGGGGACUGGGCUGGCCCCUGUGUGGGUCUGGGUAGUUAGUGGGGCAUUAGAAAAAAAGCAGACUUGCAGUUUGUAGCAACACUGUGGCAGAAAUGGCUCCCAAAGGUGUCACCUGUAUCUGAGUCCCCUUUUCUUUCCCUGCCUUUACCAAGGCUUCUGCAGGCAUCCUGGAGAGGGAUUUGUUUGGAUUUAGCUUUCUUUUCAGUCUAAUGGCUCUAUCCAACUGGCUGUGGAGCCGGGCCUUUGAGGUUGGUCAUUUUGUCUACUUGAAAAAACAGUGACAGAAUUUCCCAAAAAUGGAGGUGGACACCCCCCAGGAACAGAUUUCUCAAUAUUUAUUUUAAUUAAAACCCAGAGUGUUAUUAUACCCUCGGCCUCCCGGCCGCUCAUCUGAGGCCAGACCCUCAAUUAAGCGGUGCAGUGCAAACCUUGCUGGGUUUGGCAGCAGCACGGGGCGCUAUGUUUGUGCACCAAAUCUGCCAGCGUUUAAGUUUUGGAGGGUUUUUGGUGCACUCUGGAGGGCCGGCGUCACUCCGGGCAGGGCGGUGACUGACUUGGGGGGGGGGGCAAAGCCAGACCUUAUAUCCCAGCAGGGCAGCAGCAGGAGGAAAUCUGUGCCAGCUGACUCCGUGGGUAGCUCUCGGUGCUGGGGCAGGAGAAAGCAGCCAUGAGGAGUGUCCUGGUCUUUGUCUGCCUGGUGGGGAUGGCCUGCGCCUUCUCGGUCAAGAGCUGGCUGCGGCAACCCAAGCUGGACAGCUCGGAAGAGAACGCGGUUUUCAAGAGCCGGCACCAGCAUUACCUGUACAGAUACAUCUACGUGUAUCCCCCGCAGCGACGGUACCAGGGCAGUGACUCAUCCGAGGAAGAGGGGGAUGGCUCAGAGGAGGAGGAAGGGGGGGAGCCAUUUCAUGCUGGCACCAAGGCCGCUGGACACCCCGCCAGAGCAGCCCCUGGGGACUGCCAGGGUGCACUGGGAGGAGACGUCACAUCCCCCCAGCAGGGCAAGGGCUGCCAAGAGACCCUGAAAGGGAUCAGGCAGAGGACUGCCAGCAAGGGGGAAGACUCUGAAAAUGAAGACAGUGAUGAGAAUGAGGAGGAAGAGGAGGAAGAGGAGGAAGAAGAAGUAGAUGAGAACGAGAAUGGUGUCAAUGGCACAAGCACCAAUACCACAGAGGGUAUUGGACCUCAUGGCAAUGGCACUGCAGUGGCUGAGGAGGGCACUGGUGAAGCUGAGGAAGCGGAGGAAGAGGAGGAGGAGGAAGAAGAAGAGGAAGAGGAGGAGGAGGAGGAGGAGGAAACCGAAGCCACCACCAUCGCCAGCACUACCAAUGAAGAUGGUCUGACCCAGGCGACAACUAUGGUUGAUGGGGGACCCACAGAUGCCACCACAGAUGCUACCACAGCUGGGGAGCUGUGGGAGUAUGAUGUGACGGCCAGGGACUACGGCCGGGGGGACGAGGGCACCACGGAGGGUGGGUACGAGGAACAGGAUGGGUAUGCACGCGGGGACAGCUACCGGGCCUACGAGGAUGAGUACGGCUACUACAAAGGGCACGGAUACGAUGUGUAUGGCCAGGAUUACUACUACAGCCAGUGAGCAGGGGGGCAGCCCUGGUGCUGUUCCUGCCUGCCCCAGCCCACUCAGGAAGGUGCAUCCAAAGGCUCCCUGCAGCCACUGCAUGCCAGAGGAGACGCCAGGCAGCUUGCCAUGUGCGCUGGCUCCGUUCCAGGCUUUUUUAUUUUGUAUCUUGCAAAGUGAAAUGAAAUGAAAUCAAAUGAAAUGAAAUGAAAUGAAAUGAAAUGAAAUGAAAUGAAAUAAAGCAACUGAACU